AGUAAGGUCAACGCAUGGGAUAGCAAAGAUGUUUUUCCUACGAGUAACUUUGGUGAUUCUUGCAGCAGUUAGCGUAGCUUCGGCUUACCGAAGAGUGUGCUACUACACUAACUGGGCACAAUACAGAAACAGUGCAGGGAAGUUCUUUCCUGAGAAUGUAGACCCUACACUUUGCACAAAUAUCAUUUACUCAUUCGCCAAAAUGGUUGGAAAUAAAUUAACCGCUUAUGAAUGGAAUGACGAAAGUACUCCUUGGAUGAAGGGGAUGUACGAAAGAUUUACUGACUUAAAGAAAGUUAACCCAAGCUUGAAACUAUCACUUGCUGUUGGUGGAUGGAACAUGGGAUCCGCACCCUUCACCAAAAUGGUUGCCACUGCUGCAAGUCGUCAAGAAUUUGCCACAUCUACUGUGAAAUUCUUAAGGGAUCACGGAUUUGAUGGCCUUGAUCUCGAUUGGGAGUACCCGGGAAACCGAGGAAGUCCUGCAGGAGAUAAGCAAAAAUUCGUCGAAUUGUUAAAGACUUUAAGAAGGGAAUUUGACGCUGAAUCCAAAACCAGUGGCAAACCAGCACUUCUUUUAUCAGCUGCUACACCUGCAGGCAAGGAAAACAUAGAUUCCGGAUACAACUUUCCAGAAAUAGUCAAGUACUUGGAUAUGAUUAAUUUGAUGACAUAUGACUUGCAUGGAAGCUGGGAAGAUAAAACUGGACAUAACUCCCCACUUUACAGUCACCCAUCUGAAUCAGGAAAUAAAACGUACCUUAAUAUUGACUGGGUCACUAAGUAUUAUGUAAGUAAAGGAGUACCUCCUUCAAUGAUGAAUGUCGGACUAGGAUUGUAUGGUAGGAGUUUUACACUGGCAAGUUCUAGCAAUACAGGUCUUGGCGCCCCUGCUAGAGGAGCCGGACCUGCUGGUCUGUUAACUCGGGAGAAAGGGUUCAAAUCUUAUUAUGAGGUUUGUACAAUGUUAAAGUCUGGUGGUGUUAAGCAUUACAUUCCUGAGCAGAAAAGCCCAUACGCAGUAAAAGGAACAGAAUGGGUUGGAUACGACGAUGUUGAUAGCUUAAAAGAAAAAGUGAAGUACAUCAAGGAUCAUCAUUUUGGUGGUACUAUGGUAUGGGCAUUAGAUCUUGACGAUUUCAGUGGUUCAUGUGGACAGGGGAAGUAUCCUUUACUUCAUGCCAUCAAUGACGAAUUAAAUGCUGCAGGUGGAAAUGUACAACCGAUUACAAAUGCUCCCCAAUCGACAACUCAAGCUCCACAACCUACCGGGAACCCACCUCAACCAACAACACAACCACCACGACAAACAACAAAGGCACCACAGCCAACAUGGACACCAUGGCCAACAUGGACACCAGGACCAACAUGGACACCAGGGCCAACAUGGACACCAGGGCCAACUUGGACACCAGGGCCAACAUGGACACCACAGCCAACAUGGACACCACAGCCAACAUGGACACCAAAGCCAACACAAGCCCAACAAGUGACCACAAAAGAUCCACGUCCAACGCACCAGGCACACCACAUUGGCCUUACUACCAACUUUAACUGUAAUGGCAGACCUAGUGGAUUUUAUGCAAGCCCUUCUUCUUGUGACGGUUACUUUAUUUGUGCUGCCACACUAGCUUUCGAAGUUAAAUGUGCCAGCGGAUUACUCUUCAAUUCUGCAACUAAGUACUGUGAUUGGCCAUAUAAUGUAAAAUGUUCAACCAAUCAAAACCAACAACCAACAACUAAAGCACCUCUCACUCAAGGCCCUGUCGUGACAACGAGGAAACCUUGGGCUACUCAGGCACCUGUUACACAAGCCCCUGUCACUCAGGCUCCUUCAAACGGAAAUAAUAAACAAGAGUUCUGUAAAAACAAGCCUGAUGGUCACUACAGAGACCCAACUGACUGUGGAAAUUUCUACCAAUGUUCUUUUGGUCUCACUUUCCAUGAAUUCUGUGCUCCAGGUACCGUAUUUAAUGAACAACUGGUAGGCUGUGAUUAUCCAAUACAUGUUCCGGGCUGUACGAACUACGGUGGAUAAAGAAAAUGGAGAAACUAAGACCGAACAGUUUAUUUUGUGUUUUAAUUAAAUGUUAUUUUAUAAAUAAAAUUAAUUUCACAAUCGAA